UGAUAAGAAUCGACGAGCUAGCGCCUCGCCUUCAGAUCUGAUGGUCCACAGCCCACUGUGGUGGAAACUAGUUUCAAAAACACAAAGAGAAAGAACACCAACUCAAAGCAGUCAGCGCCUCAAACCAAAAGCUUAUUUCCUCAACAGAGUCCCUGAACUUCGAACUCAUUCUAAACUAAUUAAUGGGGGAGGAAGAGAAGAAACCGCCGGCAGAGGAGAAGAAACCUGAAGAAGAAAAAAAGGAGAAGAAAGAAGAAGAGAAAGCUCCAGCUGAAGCAAAGAAAGAAGAGAAGCAAUCCCCAGCUGAAGAAUCAAAGGAGGGUAAAGAAGAACAAGCUCCUCCUCCACCACAAGAAAUCGUCUUGAAAGUUUACAUGCAUUGUCAGGGUUGUGCUCGAAAAGUUCGUCGCUGUCUUAAAGGCUUUGACGGAGUUGAAGAUGUAAUGACCGAUUGCAAAAGCCAAAAGGUGGUUGUCAAAGGAGAAAAGGCUGAUCCACUCAAGGUUUUGGAGAGAGUUCAAAGGAAGACUCACAGGAAGGUGGAGCUUCUGUCUCCCAUCCCCAAACCACCGGCAGAGGAAGAGAAGAAGCCUGAAGAGAAAGAGAAGCCUAAGCCCGAAGAGAAGAAAGAAGAGCCACAACUGAUCACGGUGGUGUUAAAAGUUCACAUGCAUUGCGAGGCUUGUGCUCAGGAGAUCAAAAAACGCAUACUGAGAAUGAAAGGGGUGGAAGCAGCGGAGCCAGAUCUAAAGGCCUCAGAGGUUUCCGUGAAGGGUGUUUUUGAUCCUCAAAAGCUGGUUGAAUACGUGCACAAGAGGACUGGGAAACAUGCAGUGAUUGUGAAACAAGAGCCGGUGAAGAAGGAAGAGAAAGCCCCGGAAGUCAAAGAAGAGAAGAAAGAAGAAGCAGGUAGGGGUGGCGGUGGUGCUGCUGGUGGUGGUGGUGGUGAUGAGAAAGAAAAGAAAAGCGGUGAAGAAGAGAAAAAAGAAGGUGGUGGCGAUGAAGGUAAAGCAGGAGAAGCAACAGAAGAGACAAAAGUAGUGGAGCUCAAGAAAAAUGAAUAUAACUAUUACCCAUCAAGGUAUGCCACGGAAUUGUAUGCAUACCCUCCUCAGAUCUUCAGUGAUGAGAACCCUAAUGCUUGCUCUGUAAUGUAAAAAUUUGGGAACACAAGGGCAAAAUGGAGAGAAGAAAAUAAUUGAGGUGAUCUAUCCAUCUAUCUCGAUGGGCCCUUUUGUGCUGUGUAGUUUAAUUUUCUGCCAUAAAGUAUAAUCUACAGAUAAGCUGUAGAAUUUUGCGAGACUUGUACUUCUUAAUUCACGCUGUUAUAUAUAAAUCAUAUAAAUAACAAUCAUAUAAAGUCUCGCCACUUUUUUUUGUUUA